AUGGCAAUUAAACAAGAAAAACAAUGGAGUCGAUAUUAUACUAACAAAGGUCAUGAUGGAACUAAAGUUCAUUAUCGCUGUAAUCAAGUACAAUUUCGUGGUAGACGAUGUGCUGCAGCAAUAUACCUACACUAUCCAAAUGAUAGCGAUCAAAUAGUAUUAUUUCGUUCAGCAAAUGAACAUGAUCAUAUCAAUUCAAAUCGAUGCAAAGGUUUUCCUGAAGAAGAAAAAGAAAAUAUUGAAGAAUUAUUUGAUUUAAAAUUAAAACCCAAGAAAAUAUAUGAAAUAUUAGAAGAGAACAAUUUUAAGAUUACGUUUAGUCAAUUAAAAAAUUAUUUGGUUCUAUUGUGUAAAAAGAAAUUUGACGCUUCAACUUUAAGCUAG